UGUUAGGCAGACUUGUCAAUAUUAUUAAAAGUUAGCGAUUACGGUGCGACGUUUUGUGUUUCCGCAUAGCUCGCGAUCCAGAUCGUAUCGCUCACUCCACAGGAUAGAUCCCGUUUCUGUCUCUGUCUCUGGAUCCAUUCUGGAUCUAGCAUUAGAUGGUAGCAGAGCCGACAGCGGUUCUCUGACUUGAUUUGUGUCAGGCAAAGUUGGCCUGUUAUUUGAUGCGAAACCCGACCAGUAAGGCACAGGUCUGUUCAACAGCAAGGCGCACACCACAAGCGGUGCAAUUUCCUCAACGGAACGCGGAUUCCACCAGCUUUGGUUUUCGGUACAGUGUCUUCAGCGAAGACCUGUGCUGUUUCCUCAGCUGUGAAAGAGUGCUAGAUUUCAGUCGUCAGUGUUCCUCGGUGUAGAGUCUUCAGCGAAGACCUACACUGGUGUCACUGAUACUCGGCAAGGAUUCAGCGAAUCCUAAGCCGUGGGCCACAAGCGGCGAAGCGCUAAAAGGGGCGCACGGAUUUGCCAGAUCAGACUCCUCCAAACUGGAGUAGAGCAUUACUGUUGCUACGGCACAGCCGGCACAGUAGCCUACUAAUAGUGCGAGGCACGCUACGGAACAGCGGCGACGCGGGAACGGAGUUGGAAGAAGAAUUGGAUCAUCUGGAUCACUCUCCCCGUGGAACGGACGGACGUGGAACGGACAGACGGUGAACAGAUUGAAGCGGAAAAAUGGCACAGAAAGGUCAAGCCACUCCUAAACGUACGGGAACGGCGGCAGACAUCGAUCAGUUUACGGGCUAUAAUCCGAAAUGUCCGGACUGCUUAAGGAACAACAAAAAGGUUGAUAAGAAAUUCCCUUGCUACACUUGUAUUCACAAGCUGGAAGACCCACAUGCCGUCACGCUUGUUGGGAUCAUGGAAGCGAAACGAGGGAACUUGGACGUUUUUCGAAAUCUCAUUACGGCAGCAUCCCAGUGGAAGAGCGAAUGCUACUCGAGGAUCGCUACCGGGAAGCGAUCCGGAACAACGAACCUGGUUGGGAUGACACCUUGGAACCGUUGAAGUGUCCACAGACAGACGCGUAUCGGAGGAAAUUCGAAGAGGACCAGGAGAAGAUGCGAGUUCAGCAAAUGGAAGACGAACUCCGCGCGAAAAUUAAUGCGGAAAAUAAGAGGGCAAGCGAACAGGCCGCACGAGAGGCGUUGCCCAGUACGUCAGGUUUAGCUGCACCCACGGGCAUGGCCAGCCUUAAUGAAGACGAAAUGCAACUCGUACGACAGUCGCUUAUCAUUCAAAUUGAAACGUUAACGAAAGAUCCAGCUGCUAUGUCAGACGAGGUAUUCAAAAUGCUGUUGCGGGAGAAGAAACGACUUCAAGACGGGUUCGCGCCGGCACCCUACAUAAAGAAGGAAGUCGAAAGACGUAUGGAUGACCUACGUAAAUCUCGCCGAACUGAAAGCGAUGUGCUGCAAGCACUCAGAAGUUUUAAACGGGACGAAGGUUUCAUUCGACCUCGAUCGCCUCCGCAUAGAGAAAGGUCACGCGGACAUUCACGUGAACAUGAACGGGUUUCUGAAAGACGAAGCGAAAGGUCACGUGAACACUCUCGUGAAAGGACACGUGACUACCACAGUGAAAGGUCACGCGAACGCUCUCGCGACAGGGAUUACCGUGGCGGAAGAGGAUGGGUACGCCACGGCGAUGAAGUAACAGAGAUGAGCAUUCAGAGGAAGAUCGAUACAACGAAGUUAUUGGCAGCGACCAGAGAACGUGAAGAAAAACGGCGUGCGGAGACAUUCCGUACAGAACCUGAAAAGGAAGGACAUCAGGUGCCGACGGAAGUUGCUUUCCGUAAUCGUAACGUCAGGAUGUCAACACCCGAAAGGUCAUGGGAUAAAAGACGCGAACAUACGCGAAAUCGAACGCCUGACCCACGCGAUAAAAGAUGGCAACAGAGGGCUGCAUUCUACGCGACCUUUGACUCGGGCGCAAGUAAAAGGUCAUCGAGUGCGGAGAGGGAAGAUACACCCCCAAAAUAUCAGCGAAUGGAGUCAACAGUUCACGUAGUGGAUCCCAUCGUGAGUACCGUACAAGAAGAUGACGCGAUGGAAGGCACUGGCUCAGUUGUCGAAACCACGUCUCAAGAGAAUGUGACUCACCGACGAAAUGUAAUCUUGGAUAGUGACCUUCAACCGGCUUCAUCGACGAGUAAUGAACCGUCGCAGCCAGCAUCAGCAGACCGACGCGAACUGGAAGGUCAAGGCGAACCGGAUAAUCGUCGCCAAGGUGAUCAGCGAUUAAACUCCAGAUUUAAUAACCGACAACCAGAAAGUAUUGACAUGGAAUACAAGACGACUGAUAUCGAUGAGCAAACGGUCGAAAUUUGUCGAUACUUUGGACUUGAGCCGGAUUCGGUUGAAGCCAACAAAAUUGGCACAAUUCUGCGACAGCUGAGUCAUUUCUUACUCGACUCGGGUUACGCGAAAGAAAUUAAAGAGGGAGUGGAACAAGGACUUUUUCGCCGGUUAUUCAUCCACCGCGACUCGGUACGGGACUGUUAUCUCCCUAUCAGACAGAAUGGGCUACACAGCUUAGUGGAUUUGAACUUAUUGGAUGUACCAUUGGAUACAACUGACCCAAUCGGAAUGACACAGUUUUAUUAUCGCGAUUAUCCUGAACGGCAGGAAUAUGUGGCUCAGUUUGUUCUACGCUACGUGAAUCCGGCUUUCAAGUUGCUCGCAGCCAGAGCAUCAGUAGGACUUCAGGUGGAUCCGAAAGACUAUGCCGCAAAAAGGAUGGGGCAAAAGGUCUUUGCUGCACGACUGGCACAUUACAAGACACAGAACCAGCUGGUAUCGAAUACGAUGAGAGACGAUAUCCCACCGUUUUUCCGACCUCACGUCGCUAAAUUGGGACAACCGUUGGAACACAUCAGCAUAGCCCAUAAUGCUCGGAAGGCGCUGAAGAAAUGUAAGACACGGAUGGAAAAGGGCAACUUGACACAGCGCCAUGCCUCCCAAGUUGAAGAGAGGAUCAAUAAGAUCAAAGAUUCUCUAGGAAGUGACUAAGUGGAACCGGUAGACGGAGUCGAGACUUACAUUGAUGAAUUCUUGGUGAAGAAAAGUGACCGUCGUCCGGAACGUGCUCCUAACCAGAUGGGACGACGUGGUAUACGGAACCAGCAACUCCGAGAUAAUCUCGCUGACGUACAACGGCGACUGGCAGCUGACCCUAAUAACCGAAGACUGCGGUUAGAGGAGAACGACGCACGGCACCAACUUGAGAGA